UUGUGGUUGUUGUUGUUGUUGUGUUUGUAGCUGUACCAGCAGGGCCGUCUCUGCCAGCUGGGUGGGGAGUUUUGUGAGUUGGACGUCUUCACCAAAGUGCUGAGGGCGUCCGACAAGAGACACCUGCUACACCACUGCUUCCAGGCCCUCAUGGACCAUGGGGUCCGUGUCUCCUCCGUCUUGGCCCAAGCCUUCAGCCGCCGCUGCGGCUGCCUGCAACCGACAGCCACCGCCGCUCACGACAAAGCCAUCAGCCUGGCCGCCUCGCUCGGUGGGUUCCUGUCGGAUGCUGGCUGGUAUGCGGACGCAGAGAAAGUGUUUGUGUCGUCUCUGCAGCUGUGCCUCAUGCACAGCGACACAGCCCACACACAGCAAGCUGUGGAGUGUUACAGCAGGCUGCUGCACGUGCGUAACGGCAACUGCAAGUAUCACCUGGGAGCUGACACUUUUGCCGAGGCUCGUGCCUGCCUCCUGCGCCUGCAGCAGCAGCUGCAGCAGCAACAGCAGCAACAGCAGCAACAGCAAAACCUACAGCACCAACAGCAUCAAGAACUACAGCACCAACAGCAGCACCAACAUCAAGACCUACAGCGCCAACAACAGCAAGACCUACAGCAACAGCAGCACCAACAGCAAGACCGACAGCACCAACAACAACAAGACAUACAGUGCCAACAACAGCAUCACCAACAGCAAGACCUACAGCACCAACGUCAGCAAGACCCUCAGCAGCAGCAAGACCUUCAGCACCAACGUCAGCAAGACCUACAGCACCAACAACAGCAAGACCUACAGCAACAGCAACAGCAGCACCAACAGCAAGACCUACAGCACCAACAACAGCGGCACCAACAGCAAGACCUACAGCACCAACAACAUCAAGACCUACAGCACCAACAACAGCAAGACAUACAGCAACAGCAGCACCAACAGCAAGACUUACAACAUCAAGACCUACAGCACCAACAGCAAGACCUACAGCACCAACAUCCUCAAGACCUACAGCACCAACAACAGCAGCACCAACAUCAAGACCUACAGCGCCAACAACAGCAAGACCUACAGCACCAACAACAUCAAGACCUACAGCAACAGCAAAACCAACAGCAAGACCUACAGCACCAACAUCAUCAAGUCCUACAUCACCAACAACAGCAGCACCAACAUCAAGACCUACAACAGCAAGACCUACAGCACCAACAACAGCAAGACCUACAGCAGCUACAGCAGCAGCUACAGCAGCAGCAGCUACAGCAGCAGCAGGCAGCAGUGUUGGGAGGACAGCAGAGCAUCCUGUACGGAGAGCUGUGUUCCCUGCUGUUCGCUAAGAGCCACUACGAUGAGGCGUACAGAUGGUGUGUUUGUGCUGUACAAGAGCUGGGCCCCGGGGUUCCUGUGAAGGUUGUUGUGGAUGUGCUGAGGCAGGCCUCAAAGGCGUGUGUGGUCAAGAGGGAGUUCAAGAGAGCGGAACAACUGAUCAAGCACGCUGUGUACCUGGCCAGGGAACACUUUGGACUCAAGCACCCCAAGUACUCUGACGCUCUGCUGGACUAUGGUUUCUACCUCCUCAACGUGGACAACAUUUGCCAGUCGGUGACCGUCUACCAGGCUGCGCUGGACAUUCGCCAGUCCGUGUUUGGGGGUAACAACAUCCACGUGGCCAUCGCCCAUGAGGACUUGGCCUACUCUUCCUACGUGCACCAGUACAGCUCCGGCAAGUUCGACAACGCGCUGUUUCACGCUGAACGAGCUAUCGACAUUAUAACACGUAUCCUGCCGGACGAUCACCUCCUGCUAGCCUCGUCCAAGAGGGUGAAAGCGUUGAUCCUGGAGGAGAUAGCCAUCGACUGCCACAACAAGGAGACGGAGUCUCGGCUGCUUCAGGAGGCUCACGAGCUGCACCUCUCCUCGCUGCACCUCGCCAAGAAGGCCUUCGGGGAGUUCAACGUACAGACGGCCAAGCACUACGGCAACCUGGGACGCCUCUACCAGUCGAUGCGCAAGUACAAGGAGGCUGAGGAGAUGCACGUGAAGGCCAUCCAGAUCAAGGAGCAGCUUCUGGGCGACGAGGAUUAUGAAGUGGCCCUCUCUGUGGGCCACCUGGCCUCACUCUACAACUACGACAUGCACCUGUACAGUGAUGCUGAGCGUCUCUACCUGAGGUCCAUCGCCAUCGGUACACACACACACACCUACACACAGACACAUACAGACACACACA